AUGUCCACAGCCACGCUGGACAUGGGCGGCCCCAAACGGCUAGGCAGCAGUGUGCCCGAUGCGCCUGCACGGAUGGGUAGUGCGAAAACAGGCGACGGGAUACCUCAGCAACCACUCCUGUCGAAUGACCUGACGAUUAAGGACCCGGAAGUGCUGUCGCAGGGUAAAAGUGCUGCGGGAGCCGCAGCACCCGGAGCCGGGCUUCCCACGGGCCCCGGAACAUCUAUGACGAGACCUGGACCUGUCGUGGGUCCCGGAUCAUCUAUGCCGGGUCCCGGGGUGCCUAUGACCGGCCCCGGAGCAGCGUCUAUGCCGGCUCCCGCAUUGUCUUUCACGGGCCCCGGGGCAGCAUCUAUUGCGGGCCGCGGAGCAGCAUCCAUGCCGGGUCCCACAGUAUCUUUCACGGGCCCCGAACAAGCAUCUAUGGCGGGUCCCGGAGCAUCUGUGGCGGAUCCCGGAGCAGCUGUGGCGGAUCCCGGAGCAGCUGUGCGGUCUCCGGAAACGAAGCAGGCGGGCGAGGCACCGGGUUUAAAUAGAGAGGAGUCGAAGCUUUCGUUGCCGCCGAGCACUUCGAUAAAGGAGGCGCACGACGAAAUUGGAACGCGCAGUCGGUCGUUUGCGAAGAACGCGACGCAACCGAGCGACCGCCAGUCGAUUAUCCUGCCGGCAGUGCCGGGCAACCAAGAUUUGCUCCGGGUGGAGAGCGGGCGUUUGACGGUGAUGGCGAAUGCGUCGCAGGUGUUGUGCACGUUGGAGAGCGCGGCGUAUGGAGUCGUUGCUGACUCGCAGAAUCUAACGUUAACGUUGGUCCUGCGCGAGAACGAGUCGCCCGUGCACUGGUAUUCUUUCCGGAUCCUGGACCGGGCGGCAUUUGAGUCGAAGUGUGCGAGUUUGUUUAGCAGCGGAUUCACGACGGAUUCGGGGACGGGUUUGGAGACUGAUGGGCCAUCGUACGCGGUGGCGGAAGCGGGUAGCAUGGCAUUGCGUGGGUUUGCGAUGCAGCCUGCGCAGACGAGUGUGGUGACGGAUGCGGGUCGGCGCGAGAUCGUGGUAGCGGAGCAGUUGCCGGAGCGGCGUGUGCGGAAGAUUAAGUUGGCGUGUUCGGAGCGCGAGUUUGCGGAUUGGAUGCGCGCGUUCACGUGGGGCGGGUUCACCGUGGACGGGAAGCCGCGACAGGCGUUGGCGAACCCGGCGUUGGGUCGGUUCGUGUUCCGUAUCCCGGUGGCAGUGGCGGCGGCCAAGACGACUGCGCGUUUUUCGAAAGACGGGCGUUUGGCGUUGUUUACUAACGUGGAUGACCCGCGGCCGGUCUUCGUGAUUGACAAGAUUAAUUCGGAGGUGGUUGCGGACCCGUCUCGGCAGCUGCUGCGUUGUCGCCUGCAGCCGGAGACGGCGCAGGCCGCCUUGGUAGAGUUGACGUUCUCGGACCAAAAGGCCUUCGACCGCGUGGUGGACGGCGCUUCGAAGAACAAGCUGCUCAAACGCGAGUUCCGCCAGCUGCCCACCGCCUUUACCAACAAGCGAAUGCCCGUCGCGAUGUUCCGCCAGAAUGGUUUCCAGCUCUGGCCCACGGCGCGCGCGUACAACGAGGACGAGGCGCCCUUCGUCAUCCUCUUCAACCGGCUUUUCGGUGCGAAACUCAACGAAAAGGAACGUGAGGUGGUCUUUGUGCCACUUGCCCACGUUCACCCUUCCCUCGACGACCUCGCCGAAAUCGUCAAGGGCUUCGAAUUCAAGCUCAGUGCCACCAACCUCGAUUACCCGCGCCUCGUCUUCGGGGUCGUCAACAUCGGCAUGGCCGGCCGACGCGACGCCGACCGACCCUGCACCGCCGCAGCCACUUUCGAGUUCCACGGCGCCGCCCGCUACGCCGUCCACAACCAAUCUGUGCCCAUGGAGGGCAAGGUCGACUACGCCCUCCUGAAGCGCGUUUCCGAGGCCAACUCUCGCGGCAUGAAGAUAUUCGCCUCCAGCGGCAAAAAGGCCGCAGCCAAGGGCGCCAAGGGCGCUACCAAGGGUGGUGGCUCCGGGAGGAAUCGGGACUCGGGCGGGGAUAACAGAGCCUCCGACCGGUCCCCGGCCUCCAGCGUACCCGCCAAGAAGGUCUCUGCGGCAGCAGCGCCCGUUUCCAAGAAAAAGGCGUCCGCGAAGGCAGCCAAGGGCAAACCCAAGCCGAAACCGAAAACGAAAAAGCCCAAGUGGUAA